AUGUAUCUGAAAUUCAUUUGCAUAUGGGGAAUUAUUAUGGCAGCUGAUUUUAUGCUUGAAUUUCGGUUUGAAUUCUUGUGGCCAUUUUGGCUUGUUUUGAGAAGUAUUUAUGAUUCAUUUAAAUACCAGGGGUUGCUGUUCUCAGUAUUUUUUGUAUUAAUUGCAUUCGUUGCUGAUCUCAUAUGUUAUAUUUUAUUACCAAUUCAAUGGUUAUUUUUUGCUGCAAGCAGUUAUGUGUGGAUUCAAUACGUUUGGCAAACCGAACGUGGCAUAUGUCUCGGUACUGUAGUACUUUGGGUCCUUUUUGUGUGGCUUGAAGCAUCUGUAAGAUUGAGAGAAAUCAAAACAAUCGACUUGUGUAGACCGUUUGCAGCACAUUGUAUUGGAUACCCCAUGGUCACACUAGGAUUUGGUUUUAAAACUUAUCUUGCAUACAAAUGGCGUUUGAGAAAACAACGUGACGUUCGUAAAACAAAUGAAUCUUAUGUACAGUUAUUAUAUCAAGCGUUACCGAUUGAAGUACAGCAUUCUCAACAAGAUAUAGAAAAAGAAAAACUCAGAGGCCCAUUCCCCGAUCGUUAUGAUGAAUGUACAUCGAAUCAUUCAAAUACGAAUGCUAUUCAAUUAUCAGAAACAGAACAUGUUGCUCCAACUCGAGACAGAGGCGGCAGUAGCAACAAUACUAGUAGUAAUAAUAACAAUGAUAUCCAUUCAACAUUAUUUUCUUCAACUACCACACUAUCCUCAUCCUCUUCAUCAACAACGACAUUUUCUUCGACUGCAACUCACAACAAUAAUAAUAAUCUUAAUUCAAAUUCAUUUUUAUCUUCUUUACUACAACCAAAUUCGACUCACAUUUCUCCUUCUUGUACAAUAUCAAAACGUUCUAAAACAACGGCGGCAGGAACGCCAGCAGCAAAUGAUUCCACUUACAAUAAUCUCAUUUCGACGAAUAAUUCUUCCGCACAGUCACAACGUUCUUCAAAAUCUUCUUAUCCAUAUAGUCAUACAAAUGGACAUGGUGAUGAAGAAAUUAUCGACUCGUAUAAACAACAAAAAUCAUCUCAUUUGAACAGUGUACCCUCGUUAUCUAGUCUUACAAAUGGUCCAAUAACAACAAAUAAAAAGAAAGAAAGAUUCAAUGGUCAAAACACAACAUCAGUUGUAACGACAAAUGCCACUGUAAAUAAUCGACGACACCAAAAAAAUCAAUCGUCACGCGAUUCAUCCACUCAUAUCAAUGGUUUUUCAGCAGAAGAUUCGUCAGACAUGGACAAAAAGUAG